ACUGAUGUUAUGAUUCCUAUUUUGACUGAUAGUAUUUUUAUUUUUCCUCAUAUUAUUAAAGUGCAAUUUUUAUUUCUUGAAGUCAUAUUGGUACUCAACAUUCAUUUCAGUUCUUCAAUAUUUAAAUAUUGUAUAUAUAAUACUACGAUUAAUGAUUUGUUAUCAUUGAACCGCUGUAACAUGGCAACAGCAAAGUUGUCCUCUUUUCUAAUAUAUAACCCUACUUAUGGACCGAAAGAAGGCCAGGAACAUUUGAAAGUUUUGUUCUACUAUCCCGAAUCAGAACAUCCCGAUGUAAAAAUAAAUAAAGUUGGAUUAUGUGAAGCGCUGAUUCAAUUUGCUAAAACUUAUUCACCAAGCAAACCAUGCGAAACUCUUCAUACUCAAAAACACAAGCAAGUAUUUUAUGAAGCGGAGGAGAAUUUUUGGUUUGUCAUGACAGUAUCAAACCCAUGGAAAGAAACAAUGCGAGAUGGAAAACCAGUUAGAGAAUAUUUUGAGGAAAAUAUUAGGAGUGUUGUUUUGAAAUCUGUACUGGAACAAGCGUAUUUUAUGUUCAAGCUUUUUAUGGGAACCAUAGAAAAUAUUGUCGCCAAUGAGGACAUUGAACAUUUGAAAAACAAACUUCAAGAUUUUUAUUUAAAGUAUCUUCCAGACAUCAAUAUUCAUCACUGUGAUAUACUCAAUGUUCAUAAUGGAAUUGAUUAUUUUCCAUUGCAAAAAUCAACAUAUUUGAAGAUUCAAUCUUUUAUCAAUUCAAUAAAAUCUAAUUUUCCUUCAAUUCAACAUGUGAUGGCACUCUAUGCAGAUAAACUGAUUUGGAGUGAUUUACAGAAGACUGAUUCCAGAUAUUUAUAUUCAUAUCUUGUUAACAAACUCCUACCCACGUCAUCAGAAUUUGAAAAUAGUGUUAUAAGUAAUUAUUUAACAAGAGAUGGAAGUUAUGGAAGGUUUCUGGCUGGUGUUCGUUAUUAUGAACAUUCAACAGAUAGGCAUACCACUACUGUUUACAUCACUUCUACUUCCAUGAAAGGGGAAAAAUUAUUUAUGGUUACUUAUCAGGUUCUUAAUAUCAGCAUGACACUGUUGUUUGAAGGUGAAACUCCACCAUCUGUUGAUACAUUCAGAAAACUAGAUUCUUUCAUGGGGAAAGCAUUGAUUGAUCUUUCUACUGAAAUGGAAGUAGUCCCUAUGAAAAAUUCUUAUGACAGCAAUGACACGGCAUAUAAAUACAUCUACUUCAAUCAAGAAAGCUUAUUAGUUAAAUCUUCAUGUCAUUAUCGAGAUAAUAAUGGGUUUAUGAAAUGUUCAAUGUCUAAGGAUGUUAUGCGGGUUGUUUUGACCAUGUGUCAGGAAUUUCUCAGUAAGACUUCAGAAGUUGAAGUAAUCACUAAAGCAAGCAUGGAUUACUGGAUUGUUGGAAAAAAGACAGAACAACACGAGUGUUAUAUCGUUGUUAACCGUAAGGAUGCUAACUUGAUUGAUGUGAAUGAUGAUGUACGGAAGAUCUGUGCUAACAACAUCACAAACAUAUCAUUAGCAGAAUAAUUUAUUUUUCUAUCAACUAAAGAUACUGUGCAAUAAAUAAAUUUUAUAACAG